UUUGUUUAUACGCAUUCAUAAAGCUGUUAGACCUUGACGGCGUGCUUGUUCAUUCCGCGUGACACUGGUAAUGAAGAAACACAAAGUUAGAGCUGGUGAUGUGGGAGCUAUUCAGGCAUCUGAGUCCUUUGCGGUAAUUUCAGAGGACAAGAAACCUACUUUGGAUUGCAGCCAAUGGCCAUUAUUGUUAAAAAAUGUUCAUCUUAUGAACGUACGCGAGUGCCAUUUUGAGGCCGAUACAACAGGUUACUCUCCUUUACACAGACCUCUGGAUGAAUACAUCAAGAGUGGAGUUAUCAACCUCGACAAGCCAUGCAACCCAUCGUCGCAUGAAGUUGUUGCGUGGGUGAAACGGGCCCUUGGAGUCAACAAAACUGGUCAUAGUGGCACUUUAGAUCCCAAAGUUUCAGGCUGUCUUAUUGUCUGUAUCGACCGUGCUACUAGGCUAGUGAAGUCUCAGCAAAGUGCUGGUAAGGAGUAUGUGUGUAUAUUUAGACUUCACGAGUCCGUGGACGAGAUCAAAAAAAUACAAAAAGCUGUAGAAGGGCUAACUGGAGCAUUAUUCCAGAGACCCCCACUAGUUGCUGCUGUUAAGCGCCAACUCAGAGUUCGUACAAUAUACGAGUGUAAACUGUUAGAGUAUGAAAAAAGUAAAAAUUUGGGGUUAAUAAUGGUGCGCUGUGAGGCUGGAACGUAUGUUCGGACGCUUUGCGUGCAUUUGGGCUUGCUUCUAGGUUGUGGAGGUGUUAUGGAGGAACUUAGGCGGUCGAAAACUGGUUUUAUGUCUGAAAGGGACAACCUGGUCACUAUGCAUGACAUACUAGAUGCCAAGUGGCUUUAUGACAAUAGGCGAGAUGAGACUUAUUUGCGUCGUGUUAUAAUGCCUCUUGAAAAGCUGCUAAUCAAGCACAAACGAAUUAUGCUUAAGGAUACUGCCGUGUGCGCUAUUUGCUUCGGUGCGAAACUUAUGUUGCCUGGCGUACUCCGUUACGACAACGACAUCAAUGUCAACGAUGAAAUAGUCUUGAUGACUACCAAAGGCGAAGCCGUAGCUCUUGCUGUCGCACUAAUGACUACUGCAACAAUCGCGACGUGUGACCAUGGAUUAGUCGCAAAACUGAAAAGAGUAAUAAUGGAGCGUGAUCUCUAUCCUCGCCAGUGGGGUCGUGGUCCUGUUUCCAUGGAAAGGAAAAAACUUGUUGCCCAAGGUUUACUUAAAAAGUUUGCCAAAUCUGACGGUGUGACAAAUAACCCGAACUCUGUUGGAUCCAAAACCAAAAUGGAAGUAAGUGAGGCUGGGGAAGCUGUAACGUAAGUUCACUAUUUAUCUUCGAUAUUUUUGAUAGACGGCGAAUUAAAGCACCAAAUCCUUCCGACUCAAGUGACGAUGAAAUGACAAGCAAAAAUUUGAACGAUCACGACGGUCAGGAUACGGGAGCUGAAGAAUCAUCAUCCGACGACAGUGACUGACUCUAUUUUUCAGAGCUAUAAAUAAACUGUAUAUUUUCUCGC